AUUUUCUGAUGAGUUUGCUUUUAAUGAUUUAUCCAACAGUUUGUCUUGCAGAAGACCGUUGAGAGUUUCAGAACAAGCUUCCUGGAAUCCACGACCCAUGAAAUCUUGUCAACAUUUAUACCGUCUGAAGGUAGCAGCUCGAAAGUAGAAGAAAGUGUUGCGGGGGACGGCAGUAUCUCUUUGUGUGACCCUGGCGGCUUAUGGAACGUUGGCUUCAGACCUUUGUGAUACACCAUGCUGCGUGGGACAAUGACGGCGUGGAGAGGAACAAGGCCUGAGGUCACACUGGCUUGCCUCCUCUUAGCCACAGCAGGCUGCUUUGCUGACUUGAACGAGGUCCCUCAGGUCACCGUCCAGCCUGCAUCCACCGUCCAGAAGCCCGGAGGCACUGUGAUCCUGGGCUGUGUCGUGGAGCCCCCAAGGAUGAAUGUAACCUGGCGCCUGAAUGGGAAGGAGCUGAAUGGCUCGGAUGAUGCUCUGGGUGUCCUCAUCACCCACGGGACCCUCGUCAUCACUGCCCUUAACAACCACACUGUGGGACGGUACCAGUGUGUGGCCCGGAUGCCUGCGGGGGCUGUGGCCAGCGUGCCAGCCACUGUGACACUAGCCAAUCUCGAGGACUUCAAGUUAGACGUGCAGCACGUGAUUGAAGUGGAUGAGGGAAACACAGCAGUCAUUGCCUGCCACCUGCCUGAGAGCCACCCCAAAGCCCAGGUCCGGUACAGCGUCAAACAAGAGUGGCUGGAGGCCUCCAGAGGUAACUACCUGAUCAUGCCCUCGGGGAACCUCCAGAUUGUGAAUGCCAGCCAGGAGGACGAGGGCAUGUACAAGUGUGCGGCCUACAACCCAGUGACCCAGGAAGUGAAAACCUCCGGCUCCAGCGACAGGCUGCGUGUGCGCCGCUCCACCGCUGAGGCUGCCCGCAUCAUCUACCCGCCGGAGGCCCAAACCAUCAUCGUCACCAAAGGCCAGAGUCUCAUUCUGGAGUGUGUGGCCAGUGGAAUCCCACCCCCACGGGUCACCUGGGCCAAGGAUGGGUCCAGUGUCGCCGGCUACAACAAGACGCGCUUCCUGCUGAGCAACCUCCUCAUCGACACCACCAGCGAGGAGGACUCAGGCACCUACCGCUGCAUGGCCGACAAUGGGGUUGGGAAGCCUGGGGCAGCGGUCAUCCUCUACAACGUCCAGGUGUUUGAACCCCCUGAGGUCACCAUGGAGCUCUCCCAGCUGGUCAUCCCCUGGGGCCAGAGUGCCAAGCUCACCUGUGAGGUGCGCGGGAACCCUCCGCCCUCCGUGCUGUGGCUGAGGAAUGCCACGCCCCUCAUCUCCAGCCAGCGCCUCCAGCUCUCCCGCAGGGCCCUGCGCGUGCUCAGCAUGGGGCCUGAGGACGAAGGCGUCUACCAGUGCAUGGCCGAGAACGAGGUCGGGAGCGCCCACGCCGUGGUCCAGCUGCGAACCUCCAGGCCAAGCGUAACCGCGAGGCUACGGCAGGAUGCUGAGCCGGCUACUGGCACACCUCCUGCACCACCCUCCAAACCCGGCAGCCCUGAGCAGAUGCUGAGGGGGGAACCGGCGCUCCCCAGACCCCCAACAUCAGCACGGCCUGCUUCCCCGCAGUGUCCAGGAGAGAAAGGGCAGGGGGCUCCCGCCGAGGCUCCCAUCAUCCUCAGCUCGCCCCGCACCUCCAAGACCGACUCAUAUGAACUGGUGUGGCGGCCUCGGCAUGAGGGCAGUGGCUGGGCACCGAUCCUCUACUAUGUGGUGAAACAUCGCAAGGUCACAAACUCCUCUGACAAUUGGACCAUCUCUGGCAUUCCAGCCAACCAGCACCGCCUGACCCUCACCAGACUCGACCCCGGGAGCUUGUAUGAAGUGGAGAUGGCAGCUUACAACUGUGCAGGCGAGGGCCAGACAGCCAUGGUCACCUUCCGAACUGGACGGCGGCCCAAACCCGAGAUCAUGGCCAGCAAGGAGCAGCAGAUCCAGAGAGACGACCCUGGAGCCAGUCCCCAGAGCAGCAGCCAGCCCGACCACGGCCGCCUCUCCCCCCCAGAAGCUCCCGACAGGCCCACCAUCUCCACGGCCUCCGAGACCUCAGUGUACGUGACCUGGAUUCCCCGUGGGAAUGGUGGGUUCCCGAUCCAGUCCUUCCGUGUGGAGUACAAGAAGCUAAAGAAAGUGGGAGACUGGAUUCUGGCCACCAGCGCCAUCCCCCCGUCGCGGCUGUCCGUGGAGAUCACAGGCCUAGAGAAAGGCACCUCCUACAAGUUUCGAGUCCGGGCUCUGAACAUGCUAGGGGAGAGCGAGCCCAGCGCCCCCUCUCGGCCCUACGUGGUGUCAGGCUACAGCGGCCGCGUGUACGAGAGGCCCGUGGCAGGUCCCUACAUCACCUUCACGGACGCGGUCAAUGAGACCACCAUCAUGCUCAAGUGGAUGUACAUCCCAGCAAGUAACAACAACACCCCAAUCCAUGGCUUCUAUAUCUAUUAUCGACCCACAGACAGUGACAAUGAUAGUGACUACAAGAAGGAUAUGGUGGAAGGGGACAGGUACUGGCACUCCAUCAGCCACCUGCAGCCAGAGACCUCCUACGACAUUAAGAUGCAGUGCUUCAAUGAAGGAGGGGAGAGCGAGUUCAGCAACGUGAUGAUCUGUGAGACCAAAGCUCGGAAGUCUUCUGGCCAGCCUGGUCGACUGCCACCCCCAACUCUGGCCCCACCACAGCCGCCCCCUCCUGAAACCAUAGAGCGGCCGGUGGGCACUGGGGCCAUGGUGGCUCGCUCCAGUGACCUGCCCUAUCUGAUUGUCGGGGUCGUCCUGGGCUCCAUCGUUCUCAUCAUCGUCACCUUCAUCCCCUUCUGCUUGUGGAGGGCCUGGUCUCAGCAAAAACAUACAACAGACCUGGGUUUUCCUCGAAGUGCCCUUCCACCUUCCUCCUGCCCAUAUACUAUGGUGCCAUUGGGAGGACUCCCAGGCCACCAGACCAGCGGACAGCGCUACCUCAGUGGCAUCAGUGGACGGGCCUGUGCUAAUGGGAUCCACAUGAAUAGGGGCUGCCCCGCGGCUGCAGUGGGCUACCCGGGCAUGAAGCCGCAGCAGCACUGCCCAGGCGAGCUUCAGCAGCAGAAUGACACCAGCCGCCUGCUGAGGCAGACCCAUCUUGGCAAUGGAUAUGACCCCCAAAGUCACCAGAUCACCAGGGAUCCCGAGUCUAGCCCGGACGAGGGCUCUUUCUUAUACACCCUGCCCGAUGACUCCACUCACCAGCUGCUGCAGCCCCACCACGACUGCUGCCAACGCCGGGAGCAGCCUGCUGCUGUCCAGUCAGGGGUGAGGAGAGCCCCCGACAGUCCCGUCCUAGAAGCAAUGUGGGAUCCUCCAUUUCACUCAGGGCCCCCAUGCUGCUUGGGCCUUGUACCAGUUGAAGAGGUGGACAGUCCUGACUCCUGCCAAGUGGGUGGAGGAGACUGGUGUCCCCAGCACCCCACAGGGGCCUACGUAGGACAGGAACCUGGAAUGCAGCUCUCCCCGGGGCCACCGGUGUGUGUGUCUUUUGAAACACCACUUCCCACAAUUUAGGCAAAAUCCAAUAUCCCAGAAAGACUAUAUAUAUAUAUAUAUUUUUUUUUAAA